UAGAAUUCGUGACACGCAAUAAUUACCAUUGUUUUCUUUCCUUCUUCCUCCUUUAUUCACGAAACAAAUCAAAACCCUCCUUUUUGACCUCUCGCUGACUUCAAGGUUUUUCAGUGAGAUCACUGAGACUGUAAAACUCUGGACGGGCCGGUUAGGAAAAACUCUUUUGUGGAUUUGGAGUUUGAGCGAAAACUUAUAUAGGAAGUUGGGUCGUUGUAGGGGGUCGAGCACGCUUUAGUGCCCCCUACUAACCCUUUUAAGAUAACAAUGAAGAUUGCAAUUGAAGGAUGCAUGCAUGGGGAUUUGGAUAAUGUAUAUGCAACUCUUUUGCAUUUACAAGAAGUUGAAAGGACAAAAAUUGAUCUUCUAAUUUGCUGUGGUGAUUUCCAGGCUGUUAGGAAUGAGAACGAUUUGGAAAGCUUAAGUGUACCACCUAAAUACAGGAGCAUGAAUUCUUUCUGGAAGUAUUACUCGGGAGAAAAAGUAGCACCGUUUCCAACUAUAUUCAUCGGAGGAAAUCACGAAGCAUCUAAUUACCUGUGGGAAUUAUACUAUGGAGGAUGGGCUGCCCCUGAUAUAUACUUCUUGGGAUUUGCAGGAGUUGUGAAGUUUGGAAACAUACGUAUUGGUGGCCUUUCUGGAAUUUACAAGUCCCGCGAUUAUCAUUUAGGACAUUUUGAAAGGCCUCCAUAUAACCACAACGAGAUCAAGUCAGUAUACCAUGUGAGAGAGUAUGAUGUUCACAAGCUCAUGCAAGUUAGUGAACCUAUAGAUAUUUUCGUUUCACAUGAUUGGCCUCUUGGUAUCACUGACCAUGGCAACUGGGAAGCUCUUGUCCAAUAUAAACCUUAUUUUGAGAAGGAGAUUCAGGAAAAAACUUUGGGAAGCAAACCUGCUGCUGAGUUGCUAGAAAAGUUAAAACCUCCUUACUGGUUCGCUGCUCACCUACAUUGCAAAUUUGCUGCUCUAGUUCAACAUGGAGAUGGAGGUCCUGUAACAAAAUUUCUUGCACUGGAUAAGUGUAUCCCGAGAAGACAUUUUUUGCAGAUUAUCGAAGUUGAAUCGGAGCCUGGCCCACAUGAGAUACACUACGAUGAAGAGUGGUUGGCAAUAACUCGUAAACUAAAUUCUGUUUUUCCUCUGAAUGCCAGACGUUCAAAUUUUAGGGGUCAUGUUGACAUGGAAGAAAGUCGUCAAUGGGUAAAGCGUAAGCUGCAACAUAGAGGGGCAAAACCUUUUGAGUUUGUGCGUACAGUUCCAUGUUAUAACUCUUCUCAGACAGUUGCUAAUGGUUCCCUUUCUGGACAUAAUCGGAAUCCCCAAACAGAAGCUUUUUUAGAUCUUUUGGAACUUCCAUACCUUCUUGAUGAUGGAGAGCCUGUUAACAAUCCAACAGCACCUAUUCCCAGAGGUCCUGUUGAUUAUGAUAGUGAUGGACCCCUUGAUUAUGCGGAUGAAAUAGAACUCCCAGAAGAUGAUGACGAGGAUGAAAUAGAACUCCCAGAAGAUGAUGAUAAAUAUGAAUCUUGAUAAACCGUCCAUAACAUGUUCAUUUUCUGUGUCUUCCCUAGUUAGCUUCUUAGAUUUAAUGACUUCUAGAAUGACAUGACAAGCGAAACAUGAUCAUCAUGAACUGUAACCAUAAGCUCCUUGUAAGUCUUGGGUUAUAUGCCACAGAAAACUUGUAAUUGUAGUUAUUGUAGUUAAUUUGGGCCAUUCCUUUUUGUAGAUACUGGAAAUCAAAUGAUAUUUACAUACUAGUCUUUUUAA